GAUUAGGUCUUAUAUUCCUCUACCCCCACAGCUCGAUAGAGGCCCUAGAUGAUAAGGCUGCCUCAAAUAUGCAAGUUACAUGGAUGGAAUCAAGAAAGGAGUUUCACCAGCAAAGCUGUUAGGUCUUUUCUUUGUAAGGAAGUAAGGACCCCAAGGGGAGAGAACAUAUAAGUAAUUACUCUGAAGUAUUAAACACAUAAAAACAGGUGAUAAAAGCACAAAUAUGUAAAAAUGUUAUCUGUGGCAAAGGAAAUACAUCAAAAUGUUAGUAGUGAUUAUUUUAAAAAUUCUUGGUGCUUUAGUAUAUUCUUCAAAAUUUCUUCUUUUGUGUUAAAAAAUGGUCUUUAAAAAGACAACCCCUGUAGCUAUAAAUUUUCUGUGUGCUGGGCAAGCCUUAUGCACUUACAUAAAACCUAAACAACUUGGCCAGGUCUGACUUUGUUAUUGGAUUACCCCUCCUGCCAGCUACCUGGAGCAGCCUGGCUUGGGCAGAUGGAGUGUGCAAGGCUCCCGAACUCCUUUCCUCUCCCCAGUGCAGAUGGGGAGUUUGUGGUGACCCACAUGACCAAGGCCCACCUCUUUUCCACGGGAACAGUGCACUGGGUGCCCCCCGCCAUCUACAAGAGCUCCUGCAGCAUCGACGUCACCUUCUUCCCCUUCGAUCAGCAGAACUGCAAGAUGAAGUUUGGCUCCUGGUCCUAUGACAAGGCCAAGAUUGACUUGGAGCAGAUGGAACAGACGGUGGACCUGAAGGACUACUGGGAGAGUGGUGAGUGGGCCAUCAUCAACGCCACAGGUACCUACAACAGCAAGAAGUAUGACUGCUGUGCUGAGAUCUAUCCCGAUGUCACUUACUACUUUGUCAUCCGGCGGUUGCCCCUCUUCUACACCAUCAACCUCAUCAUCCCCUGCCUGCUCAUCUCCUGCCUCACCAUGCUUGUCUUCUACCUGCCCUCGGACUGUGGCGAGAAGAUCACCCUCUGCAUCUCUGUACUGCUCUCACUCACUGUCUUCCUCCUGCUCAUCACCGAGAUCAUCCCUUCCACCUCCCUGGUCAUUCCACUGAUUGGCGAAUACCUGCUUUUCACCAUGAUCUUUGUCACCCUUUCUAUCAUCAUCACUGUCUUUGUGCUCAAUGUCCACCACCGCUCUCCCAGUACCCACAAUAUGCCCCACUGGGUGCGGGUGGCCUUUCUGGGCUGUGUGCCCAGGUGGCUUCUGAUGAACCGGCCCCUGCCACCCUUGGAGCUCUGGGACCCCUCAGGCCUGGAGCUCAGCCCCUCUUAUCACUGGCUGGAGACCGAUAUGGAUAUGGAGGAGAGAGAGGAGAAAGAGGAGGAUGAAGACAGAUGGGUGUGUGCAGGCCAUUCACCCCCCUUGAUUGGUGCCAUCUACAGCCACGAGGGCCUAUAUCCAGGGGCCUCAGGCCCCAAGGCUGAGGCCCAGGGACAGAAGAGUGGGCUCCUGCUGUCACCUAGCAUACAGAGAGCACUGGAAGGUGUGCACUAUAUUGCUGAUCACCUGAGGUCUGAGGAUGCUGACUUUUCGGUAAGUUGGAGCUGAGCAAGGGGCCCCUUGUACACUAGCUUAGUAGGAACCACAGGGUGUUAGCCUGUGCCAACUGAAGCUCCUCCCUUGAGGACCCAUCUCCCUUAGUCAUGGCCCUUCAGUGCCCGGAAUACAUUGUGGUGGGUAAUAGCUAGGUAGUAGACUCUUGUUGUUAGUUGCCAUUGAGUUGGUUCUGACUCACGGCGACGCUACGCAUGCUGAGAACUGCUCCAUAGGGUUUUCAAGGCUGUGACCUUUCAGAAGCAGAUUGCCAGGCCUGUCUUCUGAGGUGUCUCUGGGUGGCUUCAAACCACCAACCGUUCAGCUAGUAGUCGAGUGCUUAACCAUUUGUGCCACACAGAUUCUUAGGACAUUUUAUUAGCAGAUGGCAGAAUACCACGGAAGUCAAGACAGCGACUCGCAGACAGUGAGUGGGAGAGGGGGAGAUCUUAGAAACUAAACUUCCCCAGUUCCACCUCAUGCCAGCCAUUUGUCAACAUUACCCUGUAUGGUGGGAGGUGGAGAGGCAGGAGGAGGUGGAGGGAAUAUUCUCAGGAAAGAUCAAACAAAUGAGUUCACUGUUUUAGCCUUCCACUUUUGUCCUGGAUGGUCUCCUGCUUCUUCUUGUUCAUGGGCUCUGGAUGUUUUGUGAACUUCCGUAUUCACCCAAACUCUGAUGAAUCUUGAUUGUAGCAGAUAGGCUUCCACCCCCGUCCCCACCAUGUCCCACAUUAUUAGGUGAGCAGUGCAUGGCCCAGGAUCACAGAAUUCUUCUUAUCACACAAGUGCCAACUUAUUAACUUAAAAAAAGGAUAAAAGGCCAGGAGGUUCUUACUGGGUGGCCUUGUUCAGUCAAUAAGAAAAAUUAAUCAUUAUCUAAUCCGGGAACAACUUGGAAUCCAGACUCCCUUGCCUAGGCUGUGAGCUUAAGAUUCUCCCUGAGUCCCACAAAGGGUCCUGCAAUCUUCCCUAGGUUGCACCUACCCUUACCAACCUCCCUCUCUCCAUUUCCUGCAGGUGGGUGGGAAGGCAACAUGGGGCAGCAAAGUCUUUGCCAUUCUGUAACUGCUGGGCAUUGCAUUUAAAUCACUUAAGGUCCCUUUGGAUGCAGUGGUGGCAUAGUGGUUAAGUGCUAUGGCUGCCAACCAAGAGGUUGGCAGUUUGAAUCCACCAGGUGCUCCUUGGAAACUCUAUCGGGCAGCUCCACUCUGUCCUAUAGGGUCACUAUGAGUUGGAAUUGACUCGACAGCAGCGGGUUUGGUUUUUGGCUUGGUUAAAGGUCCCUUUGGGAGGGUCCCUGCUUGUAAGUGGCUCCAGCCUUUACCUGGAUACCUAGCCACCCUUUACCUGGAACUUAGGAGCCUAUAGAAAGGCUUUGAACCAUAUGGAGGGAGUGGGAUAUGUCAGGAGUCAUUAGGUGAGGAUUAUUUGAGCCUUGAGUCAACCAUAUUUCUGCUUUCCACCCACUCCUCUCUCUGCACUGGCUUUUAGCUUCCCAAAGUCUUGGCGGGGCAGUUGCCCCCUAGUGGUGAUCCUCACAGGAGCUGUGCAUGGCCAGGAAACUUCCCCUUCCUCCAAGGCCUGGCCUCUGUCACUGUGAGCCCAUUUCUACCUCCAGGUGAAGGAAGACUGGAAGUAUGUCGCCAUGGUAAUCGAUAGGAUAUUCCUCUGGCUGUUUAUCAUUGUCUG